GGUAUCCACGGUAGAGAGAGACGGUACAUUUUUAACGCAUAUAUCAUCUAAAAUGCGAAUUGUACUCUUGGUUCUGGAGCGCACUAACUUAUAAACAACCUUAAUGCGGACAUAUUCAUACUAAAAGCCACAAAACCUCUAUUUGGAUUUAAAGCAUACUAACGGACGGAUGAGUUUAAACCGUGAGACGUUGGACAAUUUGCAUACAUUUGCAUAGAUUUACACUGAACCAAUAGUAAGGCGUUGAAAAGAGUGUGUGUAUAUAUAUUCGCUGGCUCCGCCCCUCGCCAGCAGAUGGCAGUAACGAGCUUCCGGGUUUGUUUUCAGUUGAAACGCGUGGAAGAAAAAAAAAUAAAGAGGCGAGUUUACAACUGUUUACAAACUUGAACUGCACAAGGCGUGUCCCGCAGAACCGGUCCGAGAUGCUGAUCCGGCAGCUGACGCGGAGGCUCCUGCUCCCUCAGGUGGAUUGUGGGAAUCGGAUCACAGUCCUGAGGGCGCUGAGUGUCGAACCCCAGCCGAAGUCAGAUUUAUCAGAGUUCCGCGAGGUUUUCUCCAAGGCUAAGCACAUCGCCAUCAUCACCGGCGCCGGAGUGAGCGCCGAGAGCGGGCUGCCCACCUUCAGAGCGGCCAGCGGACACUGGAGGAAGUGGAAGACCCAGGAUCUGGCAACCCCACAGGCGUUUUCCCGCAACUCGUCGCGCGUGUGGGAGUUUUAUCAAUACUGGAGGGAGUUAGCGCUGAAGGCUAAACCCAGCGCUGCGCACGUGGCCAUAGCCGAGUGCGAGGCCCGUCUCAGACAGCAGGGCCGCACCGUGGUGGUCAUCACGCAGAACACGGACGAGCUGCACCGCCGAGCCGGCAGCAAACACAUCCUCGAGGUCCAUGGAAGUCUGUUCAGGACCCGGUGUCUGAGCUGCGGAGACGUGGACGUGAAUCAUCACAGCCCCAUCUGUACUGCGCUGGAGGGUAAAGGUGAUCCGGAUCCAAACUGCACUGAUGCCGAUAUUCCCGUGGAAAAGUUACCAAGGUGUGACGAGAGGGGCUGUGACGGUCUCCUGAGGCCCGAUGUGAUCUGGUUCGGGGAGACGAUGGACUCGCACGUCCUCACCAAGGUGGAGAAAGAGCUGGACGCCUGUGACCUCUGCCUGCUGGUUGGUACCGCGUCCGUCGUCUUCCCAGCGGCCAUGUUUGCCCCGCAGGUGGCGUCCCGAGGCAUCCCAGUGGCGGAGUUCAACAUCCGGCCGCGAUCCAGGAUGUCUCGAUUCACUUUUUAUUUCCAGGGCCCGUGUGCUGAGACUGUCCCCGUCGCUCUCGCGCCUCACGAGUCUGAGCUGAUGUGAGACUUCUCGGAGAGGAGGACGACCUUCGACCUGCGCAGGGGCCGCCGGUUAAGACUGCUUUUAUACGUGCCGAGAACGGGAACCGUGCCGCGCAUCAGUGUUUCCGAGAGUAACGGGGGGGGGGGGGACGUGUUUACGGAGUUAGAAAAGUCUCGUUUCCUUUCUGGUGCAGUGAAAGCGAUCUCGUUACGCCGCAGUGUGUGCACUCGAGAGCUUGUGUAAUUGAUCUGAUUAUCAAAGUGUGAAAAUGUAGAGCUAUUUCAGGGUACAGGAACUUUCUCCCGCCUCCCUGAACCGUCGAAUUUGCUGUUUAAUAAGACGGACAAGGACGUUCAUUACGUUAAAUGGUCUCGGAUAUAAACACAACCUUUCUAGUGUAAACAGAUAGCGUGAGGGGAUGAUGUAGUUUAAGUUUGUGUAUUUGACUCCACAGAAUACCAAGAAUAAACCGAAAAGCUAAAAGCAUUAAAAAAAAAAAAAAAGAAGAACUUAAACCUCACUCCAAAGGUGCCAAACACUCUUUUUUUUUUUUUUUUUCUUUUCAUCGUAUGUACAUUAACUCUAAAAGUCAUUUUCCACAGGAUGGGGCAGAGAGAAAGUUAGAGGAAGUGUAGUGUAUAGUCUUUAGAAAUAAUACAUUUUCUGAGGGUUUUUUUCCCCCUUUCCUUUUGUAUGUCUACAGAAGUAAUAAUUUCGUCCCUUUUUUUAUUUUCUUAAAAAAAUUCUUCCAAAAUAAUAACCUUUUUUUUCUUUUUUUUUUAAAUGUUCUUUAGGAAUGAACUUUUUUUUUUUGGUAAAAAAAAAAAUAUAUAUUCUUCAGAAAUAAUGUAGUUUAUUUUUUUCUUUUGUUUUUCCCCCCUUAUAUUUAAUAGAAAUAAUUAUUAUUUCCCUCCUUUUUGAUAUUCAACCGAAAAAAACCUUCCUUUUAUUUCUUUAUGUUCAUCAGAAAUUGUUUUUUUUUUCUUUCUUCUUCUGUGGCUUGUAUUAUAAACAGAACUGCUUGUUUGUGCUUUUAAGAAACCAAAGUGCCUCAAUAAACAUGACACAUGGCAAACUCUCAUCAUUUUAUUAUUAUUAUUAUUACUAUUAUUAUUAUUCUCUCUACAGGAGAGUUUUAAAUCCAGCUGUGCUGGGAAAUCUACACCCUGUUGCUGCCUUGCUUAUAAUUAAUCAAUCCCAUCAGGAUUUCCCGAUCGCAGAAAUGAGCGCAAGAUCAAGCGGAUUCCGCAGUAUUCGGACGGGCGUGCGAUUUUUCAAAAUUACCGCCGAUUUCCCGCUUUCCGAGACCGGUCGUGUGACAUCAUCACGCCGCGACGCGCAUUCAUCCAAAGGCCUCUUCGACUCACGUGCGUCGAACAUGAGUACAGCUAACAGGUCUCAUGAAUCAUAUUUUCCCAAUUGAUGUCGUUUGUCGCACAAAAACUCUGCACAAACUGAUUAUACUAAUCGUAGUGACAAGCAGAAGUGCUUUAUUUAUCUACCUUCAUCAGCAUUUAAACAGAGAUGCACGACAAUUCGAUUAAAGGCUGUCUGAUCAUCCCAAAUCCCGAUGAUAAGCCUCCGAUUACAUCUGCACUUUAUUACAUCGUCUCAUGUCUCUCUCUCACCGGUAAGCUACUUUAAACAUAAAAUAAAUAAACCUGUACAACAAUGCAGCUCGAGCUCACUGAUAGCAAGUAAAAAUCUCUCGAAUAUGCAGACGUUUUACUCCUCGUUUGCUUCUAAACGGAAGCCCAUAGAUAAAAGUGUAAAUCUUCUCGCACAGCACCUUCGGUGUGCUCGUUCUAACAGGUUAUCGCUUCGAUGGUACCGAUUUACACUGUGUCCAAAAGUUUGUGGACGCCUGACCAUCAAGACCGUGUGCUUGGCGAACAU